UAACAUUCACAAAACAUUUGAGGUGCUGGGGUGAAGAAUGCCACAUCGACACUUCGACAGUGGUGCCCCCACUGAAAGUAGCUGCGGCUUAUCACCACCGCCUCAGGCUCAGGAUUGCACGGCUCCACCGCGCUCGAAUUCCCCCCACCUCCCACCACCACCACCAUGGCCGCCACCGCGCUCGAAUUCCUCCGCACCCACCACCAGCCCUGCAAGCCGCCGCCGCCGCCCGUGCCGCGCGCAUCCGUACUCUGCCGCGCCGCGGCGGGGACGGCGGGGCCGGCGUCGGCGGCGGCGCUGCGGUCCCUGGCCCCGCCCACGCGGCCGGAGCUGCUGUCCCUCGACCUGCCCCGCUACGACCCGGCGCGCGCCCGCCCCGUGGACCUCGCCGUGGUGGGCGGCGGGCCCGCGGGCCUCGCCGUGGCGCAGCGCGUGGCGGAGGCGGGCCUGUCGGUGUGCGCCAUCGACCCGUCACCCGCGGUGGUGUGGCCCAACAACUACGGCGUGUGGGUGGACGAGUUCGAGGCCAUGGGCCUCUCCCACUGCCUCGACACCGUCUGGCCCUCCGCCUCCGUCUUCAUCGGCGACGGCCGCGCCAAGUCGCUCGACCGCCCCUACGCCCGCGUCGCGCGCCGCAAGCUCAAGUCCACCAUGAUGGACCGCUGCGUCGCCAACGGCGUCGUCUUCCACCAGGCCAAGGUCGCCAAGGCCGUCCACUACGACGCCUCCUCCCUCCUCAUCUGCGACGACGGCGUCGCCGUCCCGGCCAGCGUCGUGCUCGACGCCACGGGCUUCUCGCGCUGCCUCGUGCAGUACGACAAGCCGUACAACCCGGGGUACCAGGUCGCCUACGGCAUCCUCGCCGAGGUGGACGGCCACCCGUUCGACAUCGACAAGAUGCUCUUCAUGGACUGGCGCGACUCCCACCUCCCCGAGGGGACGGAGAUCAGGGAGCGCAACCGCCGCAUCCCCACGUUCCUCUACGCCAUGCCCUUCUCCCCCACCAGGAUCUUCCUCGAGGAGACGUCCCUGGUCGCGCGCCCGGGGCUCGCCAUGGACGACAUCCAGGAGCGCAUGGCCGCGCGCCUCAGGCACCUGGGGAUACGCGUCCGGAGCGUCGAGGAGGACGAGCGCUGCGUCAUCCCGAUGGGAGGGCCGCUGCCCGUCCUGCCGCAGAGGGUGGUCGGCAUCGGCGGCACGGCCGGGAUGGUGCACCCGUCAACGGGCUACAUGGUGGCGCGCACGCUUGCCACCGCGCCCAUCGUGGCGGACGCCAUCGUGAGGUUCCUCGACACCGGCAACGGCAUGGGCGGCCUGGCAGGGGACGCGCUCUCCGCCGAGGUGUGGAAGCAGCUGUGGCCAGCCAACAGGCGGCGGCAGAGGGAGUUCUUCUGCUUCGGCAUGGACAUCCUGCUCAAGCUGGACCUCGAGGGAACGCGCCGGUUCUUCGACGCCUUCUUCGACCUGGAGCCGCACUACUGGCACGGUUUCCUGUCAUCCAGACUGUUCCUGCCGGAGCUCUUGAUGUUCGGCCUCGCACUGUUCGGGAACGCCUCCAACACGUCGAGGCUGGAGAUCAUGGCCAAGGGCACCGUGCCUCUUGGCAAGAUGAUUGGCAACUUGAUACAGGACAGAGAUGGGUGAGGAGGGUAUGUAUGCCUGCAUUUCUCACCUGAAGAUCUGAUCUCUGAUUUUGGCAUCGAUGAUGCUCAGUGUAUUUACGAUUUGCAAACAUGGAUUCACAAACACACAACAGUUAGCAACAGCAGUUUAGGACCACCUGUCAGAUGUAGGAAUUGCUGCUGCAACGCUACUUUAGUAUGGUGAUUACAGUCAUACUUGAGAGCUGUAUAGUUGCAAUUGCGCAUUGAGGGAUGUUGUGACAAUCCACAUUAUCAUGGUCUUCA